ACGCUGAAUGCUCGUAACUUCGAGACUCGCCUCGCGAACACAUCAGGAAGUUUUGCCCCUCCAUCUGCAGAAUGCAGAAUAGAAUUGCCUGAGCUUCCUCUCAAGUGAGAGUUUGCUACUGUGAUGAGCUCAUGCCUUCCCUUCUGCCAGCGAGAGGACUAACCAAUGUUGCCUUAUCACGGGAGCCUCCUGCGACGCGUAACUAUUAAAACCGACAACGACUAAUAUUGGAAGUCCAAGGACAUUUUAUCUUAACUUAAGAAGUUUGGACCUAGACAUUUCAUCAUCAAGAUGCAAGGAAUCUGGUCCAUUCUCGGUAUAGGCGCGACUGAACGACCUGUGGAUAAGGUCGUGCCGGAUGAAUGGCACUACAAGUUUCACUUCAGGGACGAUGACGAGAACGAAGCGGAGUUAAAGCGUCUGCUGUGGGUGUACCUUGCAAGGAAAGAGCAGGGCCCAACACGUUCUGCAGCAAAGAAACUUAUCGAAUUGUUCGUGGAAACUUAUGGCGAGUGGACCCCUCCAAGCUCUUCGCCGCCAGAAGAGCCAGAUGAAGAUAACGGAGAUAAGGACGACGUUCCAUCCCGCGAGGCUCAUCCCUUGGAAAUGAUCCGAUGCGUUGUCAAAGAGCUGGUGUGGCUCGCUGAUCUCGCCCAGGCUGCAACAGCCAGGCGUAAGGAUGAGAGCCAAAAAGAAGGUUCUGGUGUUGUUGGAAGCAGGCCCGAGAUUGAAGAUGAAGGUUCGGAAGACGACAUCAAUCUGUUUGUUCCGAAGCGGGAUCGAGAGCAUGCCAUCAAUGUCCUUCAGGCUGCAGCUAUACUCACUGAAAGUGCUGAGAACCGCAAACAGUUUGUCUUCUUUCGUGGAGUCCUCACUUCCCUGGAUGUGCUCAAAGGCGUCACCAUGGAUAUUAAUGCCCACAGUGCAGCAUCAACAAAGGCGCGAGGCUGCAGAUCAUCUUUUGAGUCAGAGCCAGCCCCAGUGCCUGAACAUGGACGCCUCAAAGCCAGUGCUCCGUACGCAGACGCUGCAGCUGAUGGUGAUGGAAACAGCAAUGGAGCCGACGGAAGCCAGGCAGCUGCAGCACCCAAGUCACAGGCGCUGCUUUUCCUGCUAUCCGCCUCGCAACUCAUCCUGGAAGUGGUCAUUAAUUUUCUAGAGCCUGCAAUCCAACGCAAGGGAUAUCUUGUUCCGAAGGUGGUUUUGAGGACGGGAGGAAGCAGGAGGUCUGAGAAACUGAAGAAAGACGAACUAGAAGACAAAGGCUCGGGCAGUGGGCGUGAUAGCCCUAACGCAGGGUUGUCAAAGAGGGAAGUCGCUGGCAAGAAGAAGCCAGAGUUGGCAUUGGGGACGGAAGUUUUUGAGGCGUUUUCUGUGACUCAAGAUAUGCUGACGCCAAGAGGAAAAGUGGUGAACGAGGAAAAGCGGAUGGCAGAAUUCAGCAAGAUUCUAACGGGCGUGCAAGACAAGUGUCUUACUGUGCUCCUGGGUUUCAUCCCGUCUGUCCGCUGCAUUCAGCAGACAGAGGCAUCACUGUCAGACCAAGCGCAGGAUGUACUGCUGCAGGGAGUGGAGGUGGUAUGGGCGGUGGUCACUGCCCUCGAUCAGUCUCACUAUGUCUUCAUCGCCAAUGAAGGGCUGCAAGUGUCUCUUGGGUUGCUUACCUGGCCUUCAUGGCUCCUGCCCUCGACACCGUGCACGGACCGCACCACACUUGCGAGCACAUUGCUGAAGGAGUAUAGCCUGCAGUUCUUGGCCGUUUCCAUCAUCAAAGAAUCUGUCUUUGGCAGUGUCUCAGCAGCCCGCGCCCUGCACUCUCUCAAUGCCGUGCCGCACAUCGCUCAGUUCAUUCGCUGGACAUCCUUGGUCUUCACAAGGCCAUCUUCCGUAGACGCUUCCUCUUCCUUCAAGCGCAACCGCUCUGUCGAUGCUACAUUCCCGUCUCAUCCCACUGAGCGGGGUGAUCCAUUCACAGACAUGACUAGCUCCGGCCAGACUGGCAUGGGGAUGGGCAUGGGCAUGGGUGCAUUCUCUGCAGCCAUGGACGAGCACCUGAGCAUGGGCGGGCAGCUGGCAGCGUGGAACCUGAGGGCAGCUGCAGCUUGCAGCCUCAUCUUGUCGUUUCUCUGGGAUGGCAACGAGUGGGUGCUUGCUCCCGUUUUUUUAGAGCCUCAAGGAGUUGGAUCCCGGCGUAGAGGAGCAGCAGCAGCGGGCGGCGCACUGGGGGGGGCUGGAAAGAUGGAUGGAAAGAGGGCGUAUGGAGAGGAGAUCAUGGCUGAUGUCAUCUCUGUGUUCCUGCAUGCCUUCCACCCAGUGGGACUGGGAGGCACUGACUGGCUGGACCAUGCAGCAGCAGAGAUGUUCCAAACGUCCUCUACUGAGCUUCAGCUCUAUGUGAUGCGUGUCCUGCGCUUCCUUCUCGGCUCACAUGCCAACACACUCAACCACUUCCACACCGCCAACGUCGCCCCUGCUCUCUUCUCCCGCCCUUUCUUCUUCUUCAACUCCAUCCUGCUCUCGGAAGCAAAUGCAGCUUCUGCUGCUGCAACCCCCACAGCUAUUGGGGCUGCUGUUGAAACAGUGGGUGACGGCACUCCUGGACUCCCUCCUUUCUCCCUUCCUCCUCCGUCUCCAGGGUCCAUUCCUCGCAAUUCCUCUGAUCUCAGGACGAAAUUCGGAUCGCCCAGCAUCUCCACCUCGCACAACCCAGCUGCUUGGCUUAACCCUCCCAAACUCUCUACUGCCUCGCCCCAAGUCCAUGCAUGGACCCCUUCCUCCCUUGCUGCCAUGCGGGGCAGCCCUGCGUUUCCCAACUGCGCAAGUUUAGGCACUGGGUCAGGGGAAGGCGGCGUGGACACACCGCGACCUCCAGGCGACGGCAGGGGAGCCAUUGAAGAACCGGAUGCAGAAGAUGAGGAGUACGUUGCUCUUUCAAUCGAUCGCAAUGCUGAGGAUCUCAGGAGCAGCAUUGUGGCACUCAUUGAGCUCUCUGCCUCCCUGGACUGGCUGGAGGACCUCCAGCAGGAGUUCCACGCUGUGCUUCAUGCCCUGCGGAGCUGCUACCGGGUGCCGUCUGAAUCCCAGCUGCUGGCUCACACCUUGCAGCGCAUGCUCCAGGGGGGAGCCCGAAUCGUGCCCUCCCUUCUCUCCACCGCGUGCGGUGACCACCUUGGGGAUGUCAUUGAACGGCAGCAGGCUGCUUACCUUAGCGCGGACGCCGAAGGGUUAUUUUUACAGCCCAUGCAUUCCGCUUCAAGUGUCGCUGACGCAGAUGCCGCUGACACUGCUGUUGGGUUUGCUGCUGCCAGUGGAGCCGCAGUACGUAGUAUUGACUCCAUGUCGUCCCGGUCAGCUCGUCUGGUUCUGGAAGCGGAUACACUGAGGGACGAGUGGCAGGAGGCGAGGGAGGUGGUGCUGAAGCUGCUGGAGUCGUACCUGGACUGCUCGCCCUCUCUGCUGGCUCGGGCUGCCACCAGCCCCGAGACGUUCAUGCCCCUGCUGUGGCUGCUGCGGGAGAAGACCUUGCGGCCCAUGGCUCUUCAGCUCCUCGCCUUGAUCAUGAAUGCCCCUGUGUCGGACCCAUCGGACAAGUCAACCCUGUUCAGGCGGUUCUUCGAGGCCAUGACUGUGGCACGCAGUGGCAAGAGAUCAGGAGGCACAUGUGGCGGAGGAGAAGGGCGGGGUGUGGGAAGAGGAGGCGCUGCGGCCGGUGGCGCAGGGCUCAGUGGCGCAGACACAGUGGAGCAGCUGCAGGCGAUGCUGGCGGUGGUGCAGGAGGUGGUGAAGGAGGAUGAGAGCGCUAUGAUGCAGCAGCUCUGUGUCGACGUGGACGGCUUUCCUCACCUCAUUGGCCUUCUCAGAGUGCAGUAUGAGGAGGCUUCUGGCCGCUCUCUUGCCAUCAUGAUUCUGCGCACUCUCACCCUACUGUGUGUGGGCAAUGAAGCUGCCAAGGCUGUUCUCAUCAAGCAUGCUGGCCCAGGCUUCCGCUCCCUUGCACUCUUCUUCCCUCUGCACUUUGAUGGAGCAUGCCCGCCAGUGCUGCUGAGUGCGGUCAUGGACAUGGCCAUGGACUGCCUGGCCGGGGAUCAGCCUCAGGGCAGCAUCCACUCCCCCAAUGCCGUCAUCCUCUGGCUCAGGCUGCUGCACAAGGCCGAUCCUCAACAAAUAGAAUCUGGUCUGCAGUCCUUGCUCGGCCUGCUUGACAGCUCUGCUGGCAACUGCGCUGCUUGCUCCCGUGCUGGCCUCAUGUUUCACCUCCUAGAGUGGCUGGGGGAGCUAGAGGGGGAGCACCUGGACGUGGUGGCAGAUGCCAGUGACGGCUCUGGCGCAAAGGAGGAGAUCAAAGCCGGGGGGACGGAUGGGGAGGGUGGGAUGGAGACGGGGGAUAGCACUGAUGGCGGUAGGGAUGAGAGGGAAGGGGAAGGGCGAGUAGUGAAGCUGAAAUUGGAGAAUUUGGAGGCGAUACUGGCGCUGCUGUCAAAGCUGAUAGCGAAGCUGGGGCAGCACAGCAUCAACGGGAAGGAGAUUGCUGCGGUGUUCAGGCUGAUGAGGAGCACCAGAGAUGGUUGCCGCCCCAAGAGGGUGUCUUUGCUGCUCCGCACGCUUGUGGGCGUGCUGAGGCACGAUGGACCGGCUUCUUACUUCGAGAUGGACGGGUUUGAAUCGGGACUUGAGAUACCCACUGACUUCCGCUUCCCCUGCACCAAGGGCUAUUCCUUUUGCUGCUGGCUGCGCUGUGAAUUCCUCCCAAACUACAACGCAGCGAACAUCUCCAGCUAUGGCGCUGACAACAGCAUCAGCAGCGCACGGCGAAGCAGUCUCAGAAAGGAUGGGCCGGAGAUCAGCUCAGCACCCGCGCAGUCAAGCAUGAGAUCGAUCACACGCAGGGGACAUUGGCUGGGCGAGUCUUUGAGUAUCAGUGUGCGUGAAGACAGCCCCAUGGCGCUCUUCAGCUUCUACACAGACCAUGGCAACGGCUGCAGUGCCUUCCUCACCCAGGAUUCCCUCCUCCUCCAUGUGGCUGGAUCUCGGGACGUGAUAGUGGAGGUGCCUCACAGCAUGGCCCUGCGCCACUGGCAUCACAUCGCCAUCUCCCACUCCACCGCCUCCUUCUCCUCCUCCAGCAUGCUCCAAGUCCACAUGGACGGCGUUCUGGUAGGCAAGGCCAAGUGCAGCUACCCUCGCCUGCAGGACCCUCUAAUUCGCGCCACCAUCGGAGCUUCUGCCCCUCUGCCCCAGUCCGAUCCCCGCUCCUCUCGCUUGUUCCGGACGUCGCAUCCAUUCCAGGGUCAGAUUGGCCCCAUCUACCUUUUCAGCGACCCUCUCCCUUCUACUCAGCUCUCUUGCAUUUACAAGCUAGGCCCUGGCUACAACCACACCUUCCAGCCCACGGAUGUAGCGCUCCUGCGCACGCAGGUAGACAGCGAGAUUCUCUCUCUCUUUGACGGCCCUGAUUCACUCAGCUCUCGCAUCGCUCUAAGCUACAACGCACAAGCAAAUGUGGAUGGUCUGGUUCUCGACACCUCUCCUGCCUGGCUGCUAUCCCAGCAACAGGCUGCUAGCAGCGCCGCCACGGCAGCUGCUUCCGCCCGUGCUGCUGUCUCCCCUGUGCGUGUGUUUGACGCAGCACUGCUUCCAGGCGUGCAGCGGUGCCACCGGCAGCGGCUGCAGCAGGUGCUGAGCACAGUGGGCGGCGUGUCAGCGCUCUUCCCUCUCUUCACUCAGCUGGAUCUACCGGUUGUGGGAAGUGAUAGCAGCAUGGGCGAGGGAGGCGUGGCUGAGGGGGAUGGGCAGUUGGCAGUGGAUAUUAUCAACCUUCUCACGGAGCUGCUGGCUGGGAGCACGGGGAGUCAGCAGGCGAUGCUGUCCGUGGGGGGUUUCUCGGUGAUCAACUUCUUGCUGCAGCACGUUUCGCCCAGGCACCUGACAGUUAGUCUCGUGCUCACACUGGAGAACAUGGUGGACUCGUUUGCCGAAGAGAAAGAUCAAACCCUUCGGGAGCGCAUGGUGCGCGGCGUCAUCCUCUCUCUCUACAUGGACGCCUCUCUCUGGAUAUAUGCGCCUUACACCGUUCAACGGGAGCUCUUCGAAUCCCUCCAGCGCCACCUGGAGCGACAGCCCUGGCUCAUGCCUUCCGUCUGCUCCCUCCCUCGCCUCCUCGACAUCGUGCGUCGAGUCUAUUGGGACAAACCCCAAGGCCGGCACGCCGUUGGGGUGAAACCCCUUGUAGAACCCGUCACUCGGCGUGUGCUCGGAAUGCGCCCGCGACCUCCACAAGUGGCCAAGCUGCGGCUGCUGGUGCUGAGUCUGGUGCAGUACAUUUUGAGAGGUGGGUUCACAGAGGCCGAUGUGAAGGCGCUGGUGGUGUAUAUGGAGGCGAGCAAGGACGCUGGGGCUGUGAAGGACGUGCUGCAGACGAUAUUUGGGCUCAUUGCGCGGCCAAACCUUGUUGGAUCGUUUCUGGAGCACUUUUCGGCACUAACUGGGCCACAACUCUUCCUCGGGCUGCUGUCCAGGUCGCAGGAGGAGAUUCGCCUCCUGGCCCUGUGUCUCAUACUCACCCUUAUGAACGAAACCAAGAAGCAGGUCCAGGCCAAGCUCCCAGCAGCUAGAACUGGCACCAGAGGGGGAUCCAACAGAGGAGGCUCGGGCCGAACUGCAGGUUCGGGUAGGAGGGGCUGGCUGGGGAUGCAGGAGGAGGAGGAGGGGGAUGAGGACGAGCUCUGGGAGAUGGAGCAGGAGGAGAAGGUUUUUUUCGACCUGGCGUGCAAGCAGCUAAUGCCGUACGGCCUCUCUCCUGGGAUUGAGGCUCUGCUGUUCGAUUUGCUGCUUGGAGCAUCACCCACGGAUCAGCGGUCAGUUCGCACGCACACUCACGAGGCCAUGGCUCACAAGAAGUUUCCCUCCAAGGCCUCUCGUGCCAUUCCCCCUGGCAUACCUAUGCCGUCGGCCAGACAAUCCACACCGGGAAAUGCAGGACCAGAAGUAGCAGCACGGGCAACAGGAGGAGUAGCAGCAGCACCGGAAACAGGAGCAGCAGCAGUAGGGGGAGCAGCAGCAGUAGGGGGAGCAGCAGCAGUAGGGGGAGCAGCAGCAGUAGGGGGAGCAGCAGCAGUAGGGGGAGCAGCAGCAGUAGGGGGAGCAGCAGCGGCCUUUGGCAUGCCUCGCAGUGCCUCUGCUCCGCAGGCAUCCGAGCCUGGACCAGGAAGUGCAGCUGAAAGCAGUGCUGCGCGAACCAGGGCUGAUAGAGAAGGCGAAGUGGGCAGGGUCAGAGAGGUGGUGGCAGAUCCAGGGCAGGUUGCAGCAGCUCCACCUCCAGCCAUGUCCACCUCCUUUGGUCACUUCACGUCUGGAGGCAAGUCCUCCGCCUGGAGCAUGCUCCCCCGCAGCGGCACAGUAGAAGCAGGCAGCUCACGCAAGCCAAUAGUGAAACCCGAGAUGCUGAGGCUGCUGCUGCCCCUCAUGGUUGGACAGCUGAGGCGUGCGGCCAGCUCGCCUGCAGCAGCCAGCCGAGGGGAUGUUGGCGGAAGCAGCUCAGGCAGCAGGCCUGGCAGCAGCAGUGGUGCUGCUGCUGCCGCUGGUAGUCCUGCAAGGAGGAGCGGUGGGGGAAAGGAGCGAGGGGAUGGUAGCCUGUCGGGGCGGGGAGUGAAGGUGGUGGAGGACGCGCUGAAAAGGCUGGGAGAUAUCAUCUCGAGCAGCAAGGCCAACAGAACAAAGCUGCUAGAGCAACGGGGCUGGCAGCAGUGGCUGCUGGAUAUUGUGGUUACCGGCUUGGAUGUUACAGGCGCGAGGGAUUGCAAGUCACAUGCCAUGCAUGCAGACAAGGGCACUGACAAGGCAGGGGCAGCAGAGGAAGGAAAGGACGCAGGGCAGGGUGAGAAAGGGCAGGCAAAAGGAGACAGGGUUGCAGGGGAGGAGGGACAGCUGCCACCACCACUGCUGGCAGGGGGAGGGUUGGAACUGGUGUGGGUGCAUGUACGGCGCAUUUUUCUGGCUGCUCACACGUUUGCAGUGCAGAAGGUGCAAGGCGGCUGGAGGCAUGUAGCGGAAACAAUCAACGUGUUGCGGAUCUAUGGCGAAAGGGGCAAGCUGCCAUAUGCGAGUCUGCUGCGUGUGCUGCUGGGCGAGCUGCUGGGCGUGGUGCCGCUGCUGUGCUCCACGCGCGACCGACUGCUGGAGCAGCCGGUGCAUGCUAACCUGCUCUACCUCUUCAUCCUCGUGCAGGAGCUCGUCAUCCGCGACUCCUGCCACAUCUUCCCGCCCAACCAUCUGCCAGAUGAUGCUCUGGAGUCCUCCAAGCAUAAUGCCACUGGGGCUGCCCAUGAGGGGCAGAGUGACAGCAAUAGUGUUCCUGGCGAUGGCAGUGCUGGCGAUGGCAGUGCUGGCGGUGGUGUUGGAGAUGCGCAAAGGGGGAGUGGAGAAGGGAGUCAGGGGGAGGAUGAGGGAGCAAAAGGAUCGGGUGAACGCGGGCACGGGCUGUGGAAAAGGGUGGAUCGGAGUGCUCUGGCCGCUAUCUUCCAGCCUAUGCUGCCUGAUGGCGACUUGGGCUCUGCUGUCAGCACUACGGAGGUCACAUGCAGUCUCUUGGGCUCAAAGGUGACGGAAAGCAAGUGGCGGGUGUACGAGCACUUCUGGACGGUCAUCACCAUCAUGCACGACAAGGCCGAGGCAGCAGAGGCCCUCGCAGCCGGCAUGCUCCAAACCGUCGACGACGAUCCCGAAGCACCACCCCUUCCUGUCCACCCAGCGUUCCUCCCCCCUCCUAUGCCCCCCUCGCCUCCCCGCCGCUCCUUCCUCCAACCCAAGCCCAACUCCUCUGCUGCCUCUGCUGCCAGACCGUACAGCCAGCAUGGGAGUGGGAGGCACAGGCUGGGACGUAGCGCAACAGUGGCACCAGCGGCAGGGGAGAGAGGGAGGGUGGGCGAGGUGGCACUAGAGGUGGUAGAGGAGGAGAUGCUGGACUUGGCUCGGCAGGGGUGUCCGUGGUUUGUGCUGCGCCUGGUGCUGAUCUACAUGUUCGAAGCUGAGCUGCCCGCACUGCAUCGCUGCCUGAACCAUUUUGUGGUGCUGCUGCCUGUUGUGUUCCCUGACGAUGAUGACACCCGCCUGCACAACAUGGCUCACCUCUUCCUCUGGGCGCUCCUAGAGGCACGGGCGCUGGUGGGAGACAUGGAUGGGGGGGCACGGGGCCACAUUAUUGCGCAGUGCACUCGAGACGUCUUCCUCGCCGCCAUGCCCAUCCUCGCCCGCUGCAUCGAUGAGAGGGGCGGCCCUCCCGCUUACACCCCUGUGGACUUCACUCAGAUGACGGGAGGCAUGCUGGACGAUGGGGGGGCGGAGUGGGGUGACGAGGAGUCCAGUGAGGAUGCGUUCACAUCUGGAGUGGGGAGCAGCAGCAGUGGCAUGGGGCAAGGGGCGGCGGGGUCGGUUGGGCUGACUGAGACAGGGUCGCAGGCCGGGGGAGAGGGCGAGCAGCAGAGGCAUCCUCUUUAUGAAGUGAUUCAUGCCGACAGAGUUCAUGACGCUGCUCGCAGCGAGUGCAACGACGUCAUCUUCAUCGUCUCCUCUCUCAACGACAGCCUAGCAGACGUCCAGCAAGACAUAGACGCAUGGGAGGAGACGCAGCAGGAGAGGCGGCAAGUCGUGGAGCAGCAGCGGAGGAGUGUUCUCGGCGGGAUGAUGGAGCUGGAGGCAAAGCGGCGUGCCGUCGCUACCCUGGCAUACGCUGAGCACCAGCAGAACGCCAAGGCAACCUGGAACGCUCUGUAUCGGCAGAUGACGAGCGAAAGAGGCCCCUGGUACUGUGGCCCGUCUCCCGACGACCCUCCACCCCGCUGGAAGCUGGAUAAGGCAGAGGACCCUCAGCGACGGAGGUUCCGCCUGCGCCCCAACUAUAGGUUUGACGAAAGCCUGUGCACUAGGAAAGGAGAGGAGCGGAAAUCGGGUGGGGGAGGCGAAGAGAAGGGUGAUGCAGGAAAGGAUGGCAGGAGUGAGGACGGGGAGUUGGAGGGGAGUGGGUCGCUCCUGUCGAGUGCUGCUGGGCCAGAUGCUAGGAGUUUCCGCAGGUACACUAGUGAGGGGGGCAGCUUGGCCAUGGGAGAUGCGUCAGCGUCUAUAGGGAGGAGCAGCAGCCUUGGCUGGGGAGGGGAGGGGAUUGGGCAAGGGGGGGGAUCAGUGGGAGGGGAGCUGCAGCAGCAGCAGCAGGGGAGGUUGGUGUCUAGCGUGAACGUGGACCAGGACUUGAUGGAAGAGCUGGCGCUGCUGCAGCAGAGCAACGAGCAGAGCCAGCCGGGGCAGGCAGGGAAGAAGAAGGCCGCGCAGGAGGGGGAGGCUGAGGGUGGGGCUGUGGGAAGGGUUGGCGGUCUCCCAGCAGAAGGCACACCAGGGGUCCCUGAAGACAUCCCCUGCAUCCUCCUCACGACCAAGCGCAAGCUGGCUGGCCGGCUGCACAUCUCCCACACGGAGCUCCACUUCUAUGUGGACUUUGCCAUGGACAGCACCGAGGGCUUCCUGCUCUUCCACCCCGACGGCUCCCUCCACAACCCCCUCUCCCUCUCCUCCGCUUCCAUCUCUGGCGGGGAAAAACUCCCCCCUAAGGAGCGGUGGCGGCGCGUCAUACAAAAGCUGCUGCUUAUAUCGAGGUUUCAGCCGAGUGAGAAGACUCUGGAGAAGGUGACAAUGAGGAUGCGCAAGCAUACGGAUAUUCUUGAUGACGUGAAGAUGCACCGAAUCUGGUCGAUGUCUGAGCUCCGGCACAUCCGCAUGACCCGCUACCUCCUCCGCCCAUCCGCCUUCGAGCUCGAGUUCUCCUCCUCGCUAUCCCCCGCCUUCUUCUCCUUCUCCUCGCCCCAGCUAGCUGACAAAGUUGCCCACCGCAUUCUGGUGAACGCCAACCGCGGGGCUGCAGCUCACAGCAGCAAGCUGGUUGAGCUGGUGGACAGGAAGAGAGGGCAGGAGCUGGCUGAGACGGCGAGGACGCGGUGGAACAGGCGGCAAAUUUCGACCUUUGAUUAUCUCAUGGAGCUCAACAGCCUGGCGGGGCGCACGUACAACGAUCUGAUGCAGUACCCUGUCUUCCCGUGGGUGAUUGCGGAUUACACCUCGCCCACGCUGGACUUGGCGAAUGCUGAGGCGUUCAGAGAUCUGAGAAAGCCAGUGGGGGCACUCAACCCCAAGAGGCUGGAGCUGUUCAAGGAGCGAUAUGACAGCAUGGACACGGACAUUCCAGGCUUCCUGUACGGGUCGCACUACUCCUCUGCUGGCGUGGUCCUCUAUUUUCUCAUCCGCAUGGAGCCCUUCGCCACCCUCCACCGACUGCUGCAGGGAGGCCGCUUCGACCAGGCGGACCGCCUGUUUGACAGCGUGGCGUUGGCGUGGGAGAACUGCCAGAGCAACACGAGCGACGUGAAGGAGCUGCUGCCGGAGUUCUUCUACCAGCCGGAGUUCCUGCGCAACAGCUGCUCCUUCGACCUCGGCAGCAGGCAGGACGGUCAGGCUCUCGAUGGCGUCCUCCUGCCUCCCUGGGCCAAGGAAUCCCCUGAAGAGUUUGUGCGCGUGCAGAGAGAGGCCCUGGAGAGCGACCACGUAAGCCAGAGCCUGCACCACUGGAUCGACCUCGUGUUCGGGUGCAAUCAACGGGGGGAGAAGGCCAUUCAGGCGGACAACGUGUUCUACUACCUCACCUAUGAAGGCGCAGUUGACAUUGAUGCAAUCACCGACCAGACCAAGCGAACAGCCAUCGAGCAGCAGAUAGCAGCGUUCGGCCAGACGCCCAUUCAGCUCUUCACACGCCCCCACCCUGAACGCGGCCCACGCCUCCAAAUCACCCGCCCGCUCCGCUUCUUCCCGUCCUCCAUCACUCUAUCUGCAAUCAUCCCAGCUCCACCUACUCCAGCUACAGCCACCCCACUGUUUCCCCAGCCUCUUGGGGGCGGCUUGGGAAGCCCUGCGGGGAGGACGAGAGGGGGGAGGGGGAGGUCGGAGGAUGAUAUGGCAGUGGUGUUUGCGGGGGUGGUGGGGCGCACAGCAGUCAGUGUCACGAGGGGGCAGCUGUUGACUGUGCGGCCGUGGUAUGCUCCCAAGAAGGGCGUACAAGUGGGCAUGGAUUACAGCAUCAGCAUGGGUAAGCCUAGCCUAGUGUGCAGGAUCGGAGCACCUCUCUCUGCUGCCGGAGCUAGCAGCCAUGGGGGCUGCUUCGGGCUCGUGCCAGGGGCAACCUCAGCAUUCCUCCUGUCUGGGGGCCAUUGGGACAACGCCAUUCACAGCACAUCAGUGGCCGAUGCUGCCACGGUUCAGGCCCUGCAGCAACACAGCGACCUUGUCACCUGCCUUUCAGUGUCCAAGGAUGGUUACUGGCUGGCCACUGGCAGCCGAGACACAACAGUCAUGAUCUGGCGCAUCGACCAGCUGGGCGCGCACACACACGCUCAAGGCGACCCCUUCAUCUCCUCCAAGCCCAAAGCAGUCCUUUGCUCCCACGACGAUGCCGUCACCGCUGUCAUCGCCUCUUCCGAGCUAGAUCUGAUCCUCUCCGCCUCUCUGGACGGCACCCUUGUCUUUUCCACUCUCCGCUCUGCCUGGUUCCUCCGGUCCGUGCACCACCCCAACGACUGUGCGAACGAGGCUUUGCGGGUCGCCCUCUCCGCCCCACUCGCCCGCGUCGCAGUCUACUCCGAUGCAGCCCGAAUGCUCCAUGUCUGCUCCAUCAAUGGGCGGUGGCUGGAACAUGCGCUAGUGGACGAACCAAUCACGCACCUUGCCUUGUCCCGUUGUGGGGAGUUCCUUGUCACGGCAUGCACUGCCGGGUGGGACAGUGGAGGAGCAGGAGGCGGAGGGGGAGGGGAUGUUAGCCCGAGAGGGGGAGGCGGAGGGUCAGAGAUGGGGAUGGUGGUGGUGCGGUCCAUGCAUACGCUGGAGCCGCUGCUGAUGUUUGAUGGGUUGGGGUCGCCAGCAGCAUCACUCUCAACAACCGAGGAGGACGCCAUACUUGUGGGGCUGGAGGAUGGCAGGAUAUUGCUGUAUGCUCUCAAGCUCUCCAACCAUUAGCCAUCUCUCGACUCGAGCUCUCUGUGCACCAACUCUACAUGACUGCUCCACCGGCUCUCCACAACACACAUAUAAAUUUGUUCGGAAGCUUCUGCUCAUGGGCAAGAUGUGUAUCACGGACGGCACAAGGAGCCUUGUGAAACCCGACACUUGUGUGGACGCCCUAUUGCAUGUCCUCGCUGCUUCCUGUUUCUGUGAACCUAACGUGUGCAGACGUGACUAAGCCAAGUGAUGUCUCUACCACCAGCUGUGUGGAAGUGGACACUCUUUAUGUUUUGCUGAGAUAUAUGGUGAGGGAUGGUAGCAUCUACGGUACUUUGCCAACCGUUUGAAGCCUGGUGAGCUUUACAA